GAGCAGAUGGCUCCGUAAUCGAGAGCAACACGUUUAGUUGUCGACAGUUGUCGACCGAACGUCGUCGAGUGUGGUGUCGUUAGUUAGUAGAGUGUCGAUUAUCGGGUUGUACGAGUGGUUAUGUAGAGGCGCGGGAGAGGUAAAAAGCGUACGGGACGCUUUCGAUUCUGUGAGAUCUCGUCAGACGUGACGGACAGAUGCAUACAGGACGAGUUAUGCAUUGCCGGGACGAGGCAGUGUGUCAGUGAGAGCCGAGUUGGACCGCGCGCGCGCGGCAAGGCGGCAAUUCGUAUACAUUUUUUUUGUGUUUUUUCGACAUGGCUGAGACAUACCGUUAUCCGUGAACGCUUUUUUUAUUUUUUAUUUCUCCGUUUCGAUGUCUAUCUCGGUGUCACACGCGAAAGGGAAAAUUUAGUGAGCGCGAAUCGAAUUCAAACCGGUACAUGGGACUUUCCUCGCGAAGGGGUUAAGCGGAUAACGCAAUAGAAGAGAGAGCGAUCCUGCUGCAAGGUUAGACUUGCGAGAAUGGUGGGUAGCGUGCCCAGCGGAUGGAUGAGGAAGAUUCUCCUCUUCCUGGUCCUGAUGACCGGGGUUCUACUUAUCGCCAUGUACGCACACGCUCCGCCGCUCGUUUCUCUUCAGCCGUUCUCGUCGCGACGACUGAAGGAGUUGCAGCGAGGCUUGGUUACUUUCCUGGUCGGUAAUGAAAGCACGAAGAGGCCGGAGGAACGGCUCUACGAGUAUCUGGAAGAGCCUAGUACAUUCCAGAGUCCAUGGUCCUGGGCCUGCGUGGCUGGUCGCUGCGAGAGGAGAGCGGUCAGAUCUUCGCGAACCUCAUUAGCGAGCUGUAUCGCUCUUUGCGGUGGUAACACCCGUCUGCUUUGGCCCAGACCAACCGGAAACGUCGUUCUGGGGGACGAUAGCGUUAUCAUACACCUGCGGCAGAUCGAGUUCGUCACGGUGAACACCAGCGACCAAGAGACGAAGAAUUUGUUGGAGCACGCGAAGGAUAUCUUCAUCGGUAACAUAAGGAGCCUAGUGAAGGUGGCAAACUCGAAGAGCAGACCUGGUGUGGACACCUUUCUGAUCUAUUUGUCAGCCGGGAAUGGUCGCGCAGUUGGACCAAAUUUGGACACCGACGAGUCUUACACCUUAGAGUUAAUUCCCAAAGGAAGAACUUUGGAAGCUCGAAUAAACGGUAAAAGUUACUUCGGUGUCAGACACGGUUUGGAAACUCUGGGACAGAUGAUAUGGUGGGACGAAACAGCCGGAAGAGAAGGUGCUCUUCGUGUUUUAUCCCACGCUACGGUGGAGGACAAACCGAUGUUCGGUUAUCGAGGAUUGCUAGUCGAUACCGGUAGACAAUUUUUCUCGAUCGAACGACUGAAACGCGUGAUCGAUGGUAUGGCUGCGUCGAAAUUGAACACGUUCCAUUGGCACCUGACCGACUCGCAGAGCUUCCCAUUCGAUUCGGCACAAUUCCCCGAAAUGGCCAGAUGGGGUGCCUAUAGCGGUGAUCAGAUUUACACGCCCGACGACGUCAAGGAUCUCGCGGAUUACGCGAGGAUCCGUGGCAUCAGGGUGCUCGUCGAGAUCGAUUCGCCCGCCCACGCUGGCGCUGGCUGGCAAUGGGGGACGGAGUACGGUUACGGGGAGCUGGCACUCUGCGUUGAUCAGCAGCCAUGGUCGUCGUAUUGCGGCGAGCCGAAUUGCGGCCAGUUGAAUCCCAUCAACGAGCACUCUUACAGAAUAUUGGAGGGGUUAUACAGGGAGCUGUUAGACUUAACCGAGAUCCGUGACAUCGUGCACCUGGGCGGUGACGAGGUGAACCUAGACUGUUGGGCCCAAUAUGGAAACAUCACGGCUGCGAUGCAAGCGCAGAACAUGACCGAUCAUCAUGCCAUGUGGGCGGAAUUCGAGACGAAGAUCAUGCAGAGGCUCGUCAAGGCCAACCACGAUCAAACGCCAAAGGCUGUGAUCUUAUGGAGUUCACCGUUGACCAAGAGACCUUACAUCAUCAUGUACUUCGAUCCAAAGAUCCAUGUGAUUCAAUCGUGGGGAGGAAGCACCUGGCCAGAGACUCCGGAUCUCCUGGAGGAUGGCUUUAGGGUGAUCCUGUCGCACGUGGACGCUUGGUACCUGGACUGUGGCUUUGGUAGAUGGAGGGAAACCGGUGAAGCUGCCUGUGGCGAGUAUCGUACCUGGCAGACGGUCUAUAAUCAUCGUCCAUGGCGAGAUUAUCCUCAGCAACACUUGCAUCUCGUGCUUGGCGGGGAGGCUGCUAUAUGGAGCGAACAGACCGGCGACGCGUCCUUAGGUCCUCGACUAUGGCCUAGAGCGUCAGCUCUCGCCGAGAGAUUAUGGAGUGACUUGCCAACCAAUGGUUAUUCCACGGACGAAAGCGUGUACACCAGAUUAGCUGCCCACAUGGAGGUGCUAACGAGUCGAGGAUUGAAGACGGAAGCUAUGUGGCCCCAAUGGUGCUCCCAGAACCCUGGCAAAUGUCUCUGACCGUUCGCUAGGCUGAAAACGAUCGCUCAAUCCUUUGACUGGAAUUGUACGCGUGGGUGGGACAGUUGCGAGAAAGGGAAACGUUGCACGAAACCAUUCUACCUGCCGUUUUUUGAUCCUUUGAUAGCAUCUACCGACUCUACGAGACACCUUAACGUCGUCGAGAACGAAGACUCGUCGGAUGUUCUGUUCAUGAUCUCUGGAUCGCUUGUUGCACGAUAACGUUUCUGCGAGUCCAUAGAACGUUGCCGGCACGAUCCACGAAGACGUGGAAUAGGUAGAAGUGUGACCAAGAAGGAACGCGUCGACGGAGAGAAGGACGCGUUUAAGUAAGGAAUUCUAACUCGGGGGGUCUGGGUCAAGAAGAGGAUCUAGUUCAUAGGAGAUUUACUUAAACGAAUUGAAAUAAAAGAAGAAAGGGGAAGGAACUUUUCGAGCGUUUCUACGUUUCUUUCUGCCGGAUACCAAAGGCACAACGAUACGUUCUCGGAUUUUUCUUCUUCAACGCAUUUGCAUUAUGGGAUUCUCUCUCUUCUAUUCGGACACAAUCAUGAAAACUAAUUUCUACUAAUUUCUCUCCUGAUGCAGAUGUGUCGAAGAAGAAAAGGACACGGUAUACUCGACUAUAUGUUUCAGAGUAAGCGACCAGUAUACAAAGUGAAGCACGACAAGACACGAAUAUAAACUAAAAACAGGUCAAUUUAAAGAUUCACGAGCGCAAGAUUGUCGCUCGACGCCUUGUUGUAGCUCGAUGCCAUACUUUUCGUUCGAAGUGCCUUUCCAAUGUAAUCUACUCAUCGUUGUUGUACGAUUUCACGUGUGAACACCGUGCGCGUUCCUAGAUGAGUUUCGGUGACGAACACCAAGACUGUCGUUCUGCGAAAGGACGAUGAAAAUUGAAUGUGUUCCGUAUGCAGGAACUUCCUUCUGGAAUUACCGUUUUGAAUGGAUCGUUAUUAUUCCUUGUUCGACAUAGAAUUCUGAUAUAGAAUUUGGAAUUAUAGAAGCAAUAGAGGCAACAGUACUUAAUUAAAGACGCAAUCAGUUCAACAAGAUGAUACAAAAUUCGAGUUAUUGAUCAUCAGUAAACCCCAUGACGAUUUUCCAUUGAACAGAACGUAAAAAGCGACCAUUAAAAUGGUAAAAUCAGGGGGUGAUAUUUCACACAUGUUGUAAACGAAACGAGAAUACGAUGUUGUCAUUGGACAACGAAGCGUGGCUAUCGAAACACGAGAAUAGCGCAAUUCGCCUAGGCUUCCCUCUUUAAACUGCCACAUUUAGGUCCUAACUAUAGAAUUAAUAAAAAUGAAUUUAACGAAAUGAAAAAAAAGGAAGAAGUUAAAUAUUCAGAAUUUUUGAUUCUUUGGAAAAACGUACAGAAUGGGCCAGGAGAGACAAUAUUUUUCCACUGUACGAAAGUGUUUCAUUUGGAAAUCUGUCACGUCCAAGAGAAUUUUAUUCCACAUUUUCAACCGGUUUAUGGUAUUUCUAUCAAAAAUCCUGACCCACUCUGUACUAUAAGAAGACACUUUGUACGACAAUUUAACUUCCAUUUGUACCGAGAAUUUGGGAAUCCGAUCGCAGAGUUAGUGAAAGAAAUUUUCAAUAUAUGGAACGAGCCGAUUGUUUCAUUUUUCGAUACGCUUUGUACCGUUCUUUUUGUGGACUCCGAGCGAGCGUUGUUUCUCUCGCUUUUGAUGAACACGAUGGCCUAUUAAUAUGAACGAAUCGAGGAAAUUUGUAAAUACACGAUCACGGUUCGACGUAGGGAGCAACGUGCCCCGGAAUACGUAAACGUAGUUGAAUAAAUAAUUAAAUAGAAACGGAGAUAGCUGUGAAAAAUAAAAAAUAAAAAA